AUGCCUCAGGUGCCUCAGGUGCUGCAGGUGCUUCAGGUGCUUCAGAUGCUUCAGGUGCUGCAGGUGCUUCAGGUGCUUCAGAUGCUUCAGGUGCUGCAGAUGCUGCAGGUGCUUCAGAUGCUUCAGGUGCCUCAGGUGCUGCAGGUGCUUCAGAUGCUUCAGGUGCCUCAGGUGCUGCAGGUGCUUCAGAUGCUGGAGGUGCUUCAGGUGCUGCAGGUGUUUCAGGUGCUGCAGGUGCUGCAGAUGCUUCAGGUGCUGCAGUUGCUUCAGAUGCUGCAGAUGCUGCAGGUGCUGCAGAAGUACUGGACUAUGAUUCUUAAAGAUGGACUCGGUGCUAUGUGCUGGCCUCCACGAGCCGGGAAUUUCCUGUUCCUGUUCGUUUCUCUCGUGCUUCUCCAGGUUACGUCCUCGAAGAACACGCACUACUCGUGGAAAACGGGUCAGUGGGGCCGGUGUAAAGGAGAAGAAUGUGGUUCCAGCGGUGUUCAGUCUCGCAGUGUGUGGUGUGUUCACUCAGACGGCUGGCACACACACCACUCCAACUGCCAACACUCUGUCAGGCCUGACACUCAGAGGCCCUGCUUCAAGGUGUGCGAGUGGCACCAGGACCUGUUUGAAUGGGACGUGUCUGAGUGGAGUUCCUGCUCUCUCGCUCUGAGCUCUAAUGACCUGAGGACGCGACCCCUGGCCUCCGAGUGCGUCACGGCGCAACACGGCAUUCAAAGACGUUCUGUUCGCUGCGUUCGUGUGCUAAACGGGACGUCCGUGUCCGAUCGGAUCUGCGAGUUCUUCUCUCCUCGGCCGCCUCUGGAACAGGCGUGUCUGAUCCCUUGCCCUCUGGACUGUGUGGUGUCUGCUUUCUCAUCAUGGUCACGCUGUAGCAGGAUGUGCGGGGUCGGAUUAAGGCACCGGACACGCCAUGUUCUAGCAGCACCCUCGUACGGUGGAGCCGGAUGCCCGAAUCUGAGCGAAACGCAGCCGUGUGAACACACGUUGCCGUGUCCGGUAGGCGAGGACAGGAAUCUGUAUAGCCUGAAGGUGGGAGCAUGGAGUGAGUGUAGACUGCAGAAAGAUGUGUUGAUGAAUGGAAGGACGACCCUGGAUUUUGCCGUUAAGGAGAGGAAUAUGGUGAAGAGACAUGUUCAAGGUGGAGGAUACCAACAUGCACAUCAAGGUGCACAUCAACACCACCAAUCUCAUGAUCAUCAAGAACAAAAUCAGCCUCGUCAACAUGUUUAUGGAGAUCGAGCCCACCAAACCGCUCAACAAAACCGAUGGCGACAUUAUCAAAACCCGAACUACCCACAGCGACCCGAAGACCAAAACCACCUUCGACACCGACAGCAAUUUCAAGACCAAAACGGCCCACAAAAUCAACUUCACCAACGGCCUCUUGAUCAGAAUCAAAAUCAGCAAGAUCAAGAACUUUUUCAAGAUCAAACCCAACAAACGAAUCAAGAAAACCAACACCAGCUUCAUGAGGACCAAAACCAGGUUCAUCAGGACCAAUUUCAAAACCGAAACCAGUAUCAAAUAGAUCAACUCGAUCAAAACCGAACCUACCAAUUCCAUCACCGCUCACAAAACCGCCUUCAACACCACCACCACCAUCGUCAUCAUCAAUCCCAGCACCAACACCACGAGGCAUCCAGGUCGUGGGAUGUGGAGAUCGGCUACCAGACGCGGCAGGUUCGCUGCAUGGCUAGUGAUGGAAAGAACUCCAUGCUGAGUCUGUGUUCGCAAGAUGACGAGCCUGCGACCUUCCGCUCCUGCGUCAUGCUCAGAGACUGCCAGACGUCCGAUUGGUCCUCCUGGAGCUCGUGCUCGAAGACCUGCCAAUCAUCUGAUCUGUCUCCUGGUUACCGUGUGAGGAGUCGAACCGUGACCCAACCCAGCGUCGGGCAAGGGAGAGAAUGCCCCGCCCUCCAGGAGAAGGAGGCCUGCAAUAUUAUUGGCGAUUUGCUUCCCAAGUGCCCCAGGUACGAGUGGAGGAGUACAGACUGGAGCGAAUGUCGCGUCGCUCCUCUCCUCAGCCAUCAGGAGAAGAAAGCGGUGAACAUCAGCGCUCUGUGUGGAGGAGGAGUACAGAGCAGAGAGACGUACUGCGUUCAGGUUCAGGACGAGACCACACCACGACACAGGAGAGACGUCUCUCGGCCUGUCAGUGUAAGUCUGUGUGAAGAUACGCUCGUCCCCUCGUCUGUCCGUUCCUGCUCUCUGUCCUGCGCUCGUUCGUGUCUGCUGUCCUCCUGGAGCUCAUGGGGUUCCUGUCUGCCUGAAGACUGCAACCAGGGGAAGAGAGGUUACAGAGAGAGGAGAAGACGGGUGAUGGGAGACGGAUCUGGAAGCUCAAAGGACUGUGGCCACCUGGUGGAGUUCGUCCCCUGUGAAGAUCCUGUGUGUUUCCAGUGGCGGGUCGAGGACGAAGGAGCGUGCAUGCCUAACGAGGGGACUUGCGGCUCUGGCAGCAGGAGUCAAACUGUGGCCUGCGUCAACUCUGAAGGUGUGGGGGUGGAGGCGGGGCUUUGUGAGGAAACUCCGCCCCCUGUGAAGGUAGCCUGUGAGGUGGCCUGUCCCGGUGACUGUGUGAUCAGCUCCUGGUCUCAUUGGUCUGAAUGUUCUCAGUCCUGUGCCAAGAAGAACACAGAGGGCAGGCAGAGUCGCUCACGCACCGUACUCGCUUUACCUGGGGAAGGGGGUAAAUCGUGUCCUCCUGCCCCGUCUCUGGAGGAGUGGAGAUCCUGUAACGAUAAUCCCUGUGUGGUGUUUUAUUGGGGAGCGUCUCCGUGGGGUCCGUGCGUCCCCGAUCCCUCCGCCUCUCUGAACAGGAGCGACGUUAGCAAUGACACGUGGAGCUGCUCAGCGGGGCUUCAGACACGCAAAGUCACCUGCAUGAAGAUGAAUGGAGGAGCCGUCACCGCAAAACGGUGUCCUGACUCAGCGAGACCGGACUCCGUGCAGUCGUGUGCGUUACCGUGUAAGAGGGACUGUGUGGUGACUCUGUUCAGUGAAUGGACAGCCUGCCCUAACACCUGCCUACCUGCUAACGCGACCACGCCCACCCAGUCACGCUACAGGAUGGUGGUCCAGCGAGCAGCCAACGGGGGUCAGGAGUGUCCCGAUACAAUGUUUGAGGAGAGGGAGUGUGAGCCACUUCCUGUGUGUCCCACCUACAGGUGGAGCACACACAAAUGGCAGGCGUGUACGCUGGUCCCGGAUUCGGUCCGACAGGGAGCGAGGGGAGCGGGGGAAGCAUGUGGAAGAGGCCUGGAGAAGAGAGCACUGAGCUGUGUGGAUGAGAACGACGAGCUGGUGGGCGUGUCUGAGUGUGUGCGGUGGGCGGGGCCGACGCCACCUCAAGUGCGGAGCUGCUGGAUUUCCUGUAAGGACGACUGCACCUUCAGCCCCUGGUCCAAGUUUACAGAGUGUUCAGGCUGUGAAGGGACACGCACCCGCAAACGCAGUGUCACAGGGCGGAGCAGGAAGCGAGAGCGCUGUCUGAAGGAGGAUUUGUAUCCGCUGGUGGAAUCUGAGCCGUGUGUGUGUGAUGAGUUGAUCUCAGAGCCGUGGGGGAACUGGUCGGUGUGUAUCCUGCCUAAUGCCCCGUCCCCUCUUUUGCCUUAUGGAUGGCGGGGGGAAAAAGAAGUACGUGAGUGUGGGGAGGGAAAACGCUACCAUGCAAUGGCCUGCCUCGACCAGAAGGGACGCCUUCUUGACCCAUCUCAAUGUGCAGAGACAGAGUUACAGGAGGAAGCAUGCUCCGUCCCCUGUCCCCUGGACUGUCGUCUUAGCUCCUGGUCGACCUGGUCCCCCUGCACUGUGUCCUGUGGCAGCGGACUGAGGGUUCGCUCCAGAUGGCUGCGGGAGAAACCGUUUAACGGGGGACGGCCCUGUCCCAAACUUGACCUGAAGAAUCAGGUGUCUGAGGUCGUGCCGUGUCGGGGUGUGUGUGCAGUGUAUCAGUGGGUAACAGAGUCUUGGUCCUUCUGCUCCAUCAACACGGUGGAUGAAGGGAGCGCAUGUGGAGAGGGAGUGCAGAGCCGCAAGAUUCGGUGUGUACUACGUGGUGACGGUGUUAAUGAGAGUCGCAGUGUUAAUGAAUCUCUCUGUGAUCAGGACGAUGUUCCUGCCCAGGCUCGCACCUGCACCCUGCCAUGUCCUGGUGACUGUGUGAUGUCACCCUGGAGUCAGUGGAGCUCAUGUCCCAUGUCGUGUGAUGUGAACUCUGUGAGGACGAGGACAAGACAGAUGCUCCGCCCCCCCACCGCGCACGCCACCUGUCCCGAGAGAAAUGAGACGGAGCCGUGCGUCGUUAACGCCAACUGUUUCACCUACCGGUACAACGUCUCUGGCUGGAGUAGCUGCAUGCUGAGUGAGCAUGCUGUAUGUGGUGAGGGGACCAAGACACGUCUGCUUGACUGUAUACGCAGUGACGACAAACUGGUGGAUCUGAGUGUGUGUGAGGAGUUGGGACUUUCUCAGCCCUGGACGCUCAGCGGAACCUGCCGCGUGGACUGUCCCAUCAGCUGCAUGCUCUCUGAAUGGACACCGUGGACCGAGUGCUCACACACCUGUGGAAACCAGGGUGUGACGACCAGAGCUCGACGUGUCCUCCAGGAAGAUCACGAGGAAGGUCGUCCGUGUCCGUCCCAGCUCUCGCAGACUAAACCGUGUCCCAUCAGGCCUUGCUACAGCUGGCUGCUGGGGGACUGGUCAUCCUGCUACGUGGAGGGUGCUGAGUGCGGGGACGGCGUGAGACGCAGGAACGUAUCAUGUGUUGUUCACUGGGGUCAUUGGCCCGAAUCGGCCGGACCGAGACCUGAUGUCCAUGCUCCAGCUGCCCUGGUGGAGGAUGAGAAAUGCAACGAAGACUUCAGGACAAAGAAUGAGCCGGAACUGCAGCAGCCAUGCUUCGUUCCCUGCCCAGGCGACUGUCACCUGACAGACUGGUCGUCAUGGAGCUUGUGUCAGCUGACGUGCGUGGAGGGGCGCAGUUUUGAGGUCGAAGGUCAUCAGUCACGCUCACGAGCCGUCAUCAUCCAGACGCUGGAGAACCAGGAGAGCUGCCCAAACCAGGAAAUCGAGACACGGCCAUGUAAAGGAGGGAAGUGCAACAGCUACGAGUGGAAGACGAGCGCGUGGAGCGACAACGUGAGGGAGGUGUGGUGUCAACGCUCAGACGGAGUCAACGUCACAGGUGGAUGUUUCGCGGUGAACAAGCCGACGAGCGUGCGUCACUGCCAUCCUCCCUGCACUAAACCCUUCUCUCACUGCAAACAGAGCGGAGUGUGUGGCUGUGAGAAAGGCUACACGGAGGUGAUGAACACACACGGCUUCCUGGAUUACUGCACCAGGACACCUGGGGGCGCCGGAGACACCCGGAAGGCCGACGUGAAGAGUAGCUCAGGGAGGGUGAAGCCGGGCCCGUCCCAAAUCCACGACUUCUUCGGCGAGUGGUCACUACAGGCCCUCAGCCCAGAUGGACGGAUAAAGAUGUGGGUGUACGGAGCCACGGCCGGAGGCUUCAUCCUCAUCCUCUUUAUCAUCACUGUGUCCUUUCUCUUCUGCAGUCGACCAGUUAAACAGAGUAACUCCCCUCCGCUGCAGAAAGCACUGUCUCUGGCCUACGAUGGAGACGUGGACAUGUGACGGACCCUACAGAGAACCAGGAGCUCGCCCUGGACCACGGGGAGCGUCUCAGAUCGGGAGAUCUUCACAAAUCCCAGAGAACCUUGGGGAAUUUUGAGCAAAGUGUGUUUUUGUAACUUUUAGUUUUGACAUUCGAGCAGGACGAGCCUUUUUAUCUCGGGAUCUUGGGUAUGUUCUCGCCGUGUGGAUCUGUAUCGCUGGGGGGGGGGGGGGGGGGGGGGGGGUGACAGGAGAACAGUGGAAGAACUUCAGUCUCCAUUCGCACAAACGAACCAAUGGUCACUGACUGAUGAGGAAACAAAAACACAACAGACUACUACACUACUAUGCACUAUAUUAGUGCUUUCUUCAAUUAUCUUUUUUUUUUUUUUUUCAAACUGGUUUUUAGUGUUUUUUGUUUCGUUUUUUUUUCAUCGUGAUGCAGCCGGACUUUUCAUCAUGUGAUGUAUAUGAAUGUGUACACGCAGGCCUGAUCUUCAUCUUCUACUAAAACCAAAACAGAUUGUUUCAUCAGCCCACGUUCUGACCUUUGACCCUUAGCCCUGUAGCUUGUACCCUCUAGCACCAGCAGUUAAUCCUCUUUGCUCAUUUGAAGCAUUAAAAUUGGCGCCUCUGGAUCA